AUAAAUUUAUUAAGACUGAGGUAGCCGAGAUAUAAAAGCUCCGAUCCGAAAUCAAAGCUAACUGAAACCCGUUACAGAAAUAGGCAGUGGGAAACGUAAGAUUAAAGCUAAAACCUAGAGACGACCUUUUGGAAAGUUUGCUUAUUAUUUAAAGAGUAGUUAAAAUUCUUUAUAAAAGCCAUGAAUUCUGUAAGAGUUCUCAAAAAAGCUGCUUCCACUGGUUCUCUAUGUCUUCAAAGGAAUAUUGGUAUUUGCUCAGUUUUGUAUGCAAAAACUCCAACAGAUCCAAUUCAAAAGUUAUUUCAAGAGAAACUUAAAGAAUACACUAGACUUAGCAGUGGAGGUAAACUGGUAGAUAUUACUCCAGAAAAACAGAAACAAUAUGAUGAGACUUUGAAUAACUUAAAGAGACAGUUUGGUGCUGAUAAAGCUGACUACACUAAAUUUCCCACUUUCAAUUUUCCAGAACCAAAGAUUGAUCCUAUUAACUUGGACAGUAAAGCAUAGAAUUUAUAGUGUUAUGUCAAACUGCAAUGUUUUACAAAAUAAGAAAUAGAACCAUAUUCCUUCAUGUAAAUUUUGAUUGAAAAAUAAACUUGUAAUGUACCA